UAUUCGGUAGAUUGUAUCGUGGUUGUAUAUCUGAAAUAUGCACCGCGAACAGGAUUUUCGACAACGGGGAGCGGUGACCUUUGCGGCUUUACUCUGCAUUCUACCGCUUUUGUUUGCAACGAAGGUUGUCGCCGAUGUUCCAAACGAUGCUUCGGUAGACGAAACGGCUUUUCCGGACGAAACCGUUGUGUUGGCCGAUUCGCCUCCCAUCAUAGUUACAAACGGGAAUUCCGAUGACGGGAAUUCCGGCAUUCCGGGAAUUCCGGCAAUGGGAAUUCCGGCAAUUCCGGCAAACGGGAAUUCCGGCAAUGUAUUUCCCGAAGGCGGAAAUAUUCCACAAUACUUGCGGAUUGGCAAGCGCGCUGCCGGCAUAACAUCGUGGUUUAGCAUCCCGCCUUUUACACGACGACUGCCGGUCGUAGUGGACCCGUCCAGAAUCCGAGGAUGGCGCCCGGCUGGAUCACCACUUGGCGGUUUUGUGUUAAACCCGGACGCCACCAACCAGCGCCUCAUGUCGCGGCGCGCCUCGGACAACGAUCGUGAAUUAGCCAAUACUGGCAACUGGUAUUUAGGCAAGCGUUCAGUUGAUUUCGACGAUAGCAAUAAUACACUACAGCGGGAUGAAGAAAAGGUCAGGAUGAAGAGAGAUUCAUUUGGGGGACUGUGGAUACUACAGUCACAAAAAGACAAGACAGUGGGCACUAGCCAUCCAAAGCGUUCAACCCCAAUCAUAUGGUCGGGGACGAAUCGGUAUUUGGGAAAAAGAGCUACGAAGAGCGCACCGUGGUAUUUAGGGAAGCGAAGCGGAAUCAACGAGUUUCCCGCAGCCGAUUAUGCGGAAAACGAUGGCAUGUCCAAGAGAGGUCGAACAGGACCGUGGUAUCUGGGGCGAAAACGUGGCGGCGGAGGCGUAUGGUAUCUUGGAAAAUAAAGCUUGAUAUUAUAUGCGAUAUUAAUAGCGUAAUUUUUAUUGCGUUUUUCCCUAAUAUUAAAUUUCAAAAUAUGCAAAGCCCAAAAGCUUUAUCUUCCCUUUUCUGUAGCAGUGUUGCUGCUAGCUUACUCGGGCUGAAAAUUAGUCGUUUUAUCUUUAUCAAAGUAGCAAUUAACAGCGUUGACCUUUCUGUAGCUACAUUUAUAUAUGGUCCCAUGCAACUGUUCAAAUUGGUUCUUUUUUGCUAAAGCAAUUGCAGUAUUAUUAGUGCAUAAUAGCGACGGAUUCCCUAAUAGCCUACGAGUAGACGCUGGCAUGCGUUCAACAUAUGUCCAUGUACUGCCGUCGGUACAUUUCCCGUUUUUCGGUACACAACUUAAAUUCGACUUCCCUUAAAUUCGGCUUCUCAUAUAAAUUAUAUGUUGCUAAUACAGCUAGCUGUUUAUCAAUCUGAUUUGGUCUUCUACCAAAAGCGUUAAAUUUGGUCCUUCGGUUACAACUGCAAUGUUCGGAAUCCAAACGCUUGUCAAAACUAUUUAUAUAUUUGAAACGAUCCUUGGGGAUUCGGGGAUAAAUAAAAAUGGACAUAGUAUAAUUAAAUAAAUAUGGUGCA